UCCUUUCAUUAGUUACUAAUAAUGGAGUCAUUCUUUGAUCGAGAGGUUAAGAGGUUGGAUUUUGUUAGUGAGAGAAACAGAAUGAGAGAAAUAGAAAAGAAAGCACUUGAUGAGAAGAAAGCUUCAGCUCAUGAUGAAGAAGAAGACGAAAAGAAGACUGAACUUCAAAAAGAUGACGAAGAGAAGUAUGAACUGGAGUAUAGAGAUUAUCUAAAGUUGGAACAAUCAUUAUUGAUUGAACUAGGACUGAGACAACCAGCAGAUGAAAACUGAGAGAGUGUGUUACGACUUGGGAGUGUGAAGAAGAGAGAGAUUUUAGUCUAUUGAAUCAUAAAUUUGAUUUUCAGCCAACAGCUGCCACUUGCAAA